AUGGACAAGUCAAAGAAGUCGAAGAAGGGCGGCGAAUCCGCUAGCCAAAUCUCUGACAAGAGAUUCAAAGAUUUUGAGACCGACCCCCGGUUCCGAUUGCCAUCAAAGAGGCAGACCAAGACCACGAUCGACAAGCGAUUCUCGCGCAUGCUGAACGAUGACGAAUUUACUGCUACUGCCAAGGUCGAUCGAUAUGGCCGAAAGCUGAAGUCUGAUUCCAAGAAGAAGGCUCUGCAAAGAUUAUACCAAGAGGAGGAUGAAGAGGAUGAAGGAGACGACAAGAUCGAGGUCGACGACGACGAGAUUGUUCAAAAAGAACUACUAAAAGCGCACGAGAAUUAUGAUCCUGCUCGAGGUGGUGGUUUCUCUUCGUCUGAAGAUGAUUCUGAAUCCGAGGAGGAAUCCGAGGAUUCUGAUGAAGAAGAGGGCGGCGCGCAAGUCGACACCGAAGGAGAUAUGCAGCGUUUCCAGGACGAGCAAAACGAGGUUGAGGCUGGAGAAGUGACAAAUCGCAUUGCUAUUGUUAACCUUGAUUGGGAUCAUGUGAAGUCUACGGACCUCAUGGCUCUGUUCAACAGUUUCCUCCCCGAGACUGGUGGCAAGAUCGACAGGAUUUCAGUGUACCCCAGCGAGUUUGGAAAGGAGCGCAUGCAGCAGGAAGAGGUUGAGGGACCCCCUAAGGAGCUGUUCAAGAACACUAAAAACGAUUCGGAUUCGGAUUCAGAGGAUAGUGACGAAGACAGCGAGGAUGAUGAACGCAUCAAGAAGAGCCUGCUUGAGGAGGGUGACGAUCAAGAUUUCGACAGCGAUGCGCUACGAUCUUACCAGCUUGACCGUCUCCGAUACUACUACGCUGUUAUGGUCUGCUCAAGCCCCGAGGUUGCCCAGAAGCUUUACGAAGCGGUCGAUGGACGAGAGUACCAGUCAUCUUCCAACUUUCUCGAUCUUCGAUUCGUCCCCGACGAUGUCACCUUUGACGACGAACCCCGAGAUGAAUGCGAAAAGGUCCCCGAGUCAUACAAGCCCGUCGAGUUUGUUACCAAUGCCCUACAGAGCUCCAAGGUUAAGCUCACAUGGGAUAUGCAUCCUGAGGAGUCAUCGCGCAAGGAGUCCAUCAACCGUGCCUUCAGUGGUAGCCGCAACGAAAUCGAGGAGAACGAUCUCCGCGCAUACCUAGCAAGCGACAGCGAGGAUGAUGACGUUGAUGACGUGGAAGUGGUCGAGGAGGGUGUCGAAGAGAAGGAAGAUGAGCCCAAGCUUUCAAAGAAGGAAUUGGCCCGUAGGAAGAUGCGAGCUGCAUUGGGCUUGUCUGAGGAGCCUACCAAGUCCUCCAAGAACGCCCCUGUUGGAGAUAUGGAAAUUACAUUCGCACCUGCUCUUACAGAGUCGGCACCCAAGAAGACAGCCGAGGAGGAGACAACAAUCGAGAAGUACGUCCGAAAGGAGAAGGAGCGCAAGGAGAAGAAGCGCGAAGCUGCUCGAGCUAGACGCGAAGGACGGGAUCCUAAUGCUGAGGAAGAGGAAGAGGCAGAGGAAGCCGAGGCUCCUGCUGGUGAUGCUGAUGACCUUGGUUUCGAUGAUCCUUUCUUUACUGCCGCCGAACCCGAAGCUGUUUCCAAGGCAUCCAUCCGCAAGGCCGACCGCCUCAAGAAGCGAGAAGCUCGCGAGGCCGCUGAAGCCGAGGACAAGGCCCAGAAGAAGCAGCUGGAAAGUGUCAUGGCCAACAUUGGCGAGGAUCAGGCCGAUCAUCUGGACCAUUUCGACAUGAACGAGAUUGUCCGAGCAGAAAAGGCUCAGCGCAAGAAGGGCAAGGCCAAGAAGAAGGCUCUGGCCAAGGAGACCCGUGGCGGUCUUCAAGAAGACUUUCAGAUGGACACUGGUGAUGACCGUUUCAAGGCCGUGUUUGAGAGUCACGAGUAUGCCAUUGAUCCCUCGAAUCCCAAGUUCAAGGCUACAAAGGGUAUGACGAAGCUGCUUGAGGAGGGCAGAAAGAAGAGAAGAAAUGUGGAGGAGGAAGAUGAUGCGCCCAAAGUUAAGAAGGCCAAGAAGGGACGAAGGUGA